UUAUUGGCAGGACACUCACAAGUAGGGGAAAGAUCAAAUUGAAGCCAAUUUCCCGCCAUCUUGGUGGCUGUCAGGCUAGAAAUCCUCCUCUUCCAUGUCACUGUUUGUCUUGCUUCCAUUCCGCUUCCAUCUCAAAGCACCAAGCACUUUAGCCCAUCAUACUCAAAGAGCUCUUCUUUUUGGACACCUUCAGCCCUCUCCUCCACACUUUGGCUUGAACCAGAAUCAUACGGCCAAUACAAAGAGUACCGUGUAUGAAGUAAGGAUACCUAGUGUUCCAGCCAAUAACCCCGCCAUAUUACACGUACCCCAGCUGGUCACAAGCGAAAUUGCUCCCCAAUCCCAGACAACCCACGUAUUGCGGCCCAUUGUCUUUCAAUUUGUCUGGGGUCGGCGGUUCCUUGUCUGGGUUCAGGUCGGAAUCGGAGAUUGUCGAGCAUAAUGGGUCGCCUCUCUCGAUCCAACACCGUGGGACACGGCUUCGGUAUCCUCGAGGACCCCUCUGGUCCCGGCCAUCGUGCUUCAUCCGACGCAAACGGCGCUCACACCUCCAACGACGUUGCUGCUCUCGAAGAUUGUGACACUAACAGUCACCAAAACACGCCAGAAUUCAUCGACGCUUUAACCGACAAACUCAAGGAACUACAUAUUUACAGUCCUAAAAAGAACCGUGCCGACAGAUCACUGCUACAACCUGCACGACGACGCCGCUUGACUCGAUCCUCCAUUGACACCAAGAUCUUCCCAACCCUUCAACACAUUAGGGAGGAAGUUGAAAUCUGUGACGGAAACUCGGCUGUGACUAGCCCUACGCAAGGACCAGUCCUUGCCAACUUGCCUCGAGACACCAAACAAGACGAGGGUAUCCCAUCAUCAACUGAAACACGUGCUGCCGUACCUACUCCCCCUCGCCAGACGUUGGACUCAUUUGAAGCCAACGGAUCCAACUUCUACUCUGAAGUCCUACACGCAAUUGGCCUCGAACAGCAACAUCUGGAUCCUGAUUUUGACAUAAAGAAGUCCAUCGCACGGCACAGGGCAGGUCAGUAUGACUGCGUACUUUCGAUUCCGAACCCAGGCGGCCCGGCUAGGCGCAACAAUGCGCCCAGUAAACGAGCAGAUACCACGCUCGACUACGGCUGCAACGUCUUAGUCCACGCCGACCGCACUGAGGAAAGUUUUUGCAGUCAGCGCAAACCGGCUAAUGCCUUCAAACUUCUAGCAACACCUCUGAUAUUUGACGAAGUAUCUCGGAGUGCGUCAUAUACAUCUUCAAAAAGCGACGACAACAUGGCUGUUGCAGAACCACUUGUUCGGCUUGCCUCUCCAGCGCCUGCUGGAUACGAGAACACCAUGACGAAGUCUGCCAUCAAUGUAUCCGUCGUUGAACAGACUCACUCCAAGGAGUCGUCUUUAGACUACGUAGACCAUCCCAAGGACAGAGUCGUUUCCUUCUCGUCUACGGACGAGAGCAGUGUCCCGACGGAAGAUGUUCCCCGCACUCCAUCGAGGUCGACCUCGACUAGCUCGCGAUCUCGAAUUGAGGACUCAGUAGAAGCCAUCGAUAAACUCGAGGAGGAAUUGGAGGCUAUCAACACGCGCUUGGCGACACCAAGCAAGUCGCGACGGAUUCAAUCUCUGACCGACGAAUCUACUACUACAGUUUCCACAAACGAAUCAGUCACCAAGCGAUCUGCCUCAACGUUGAAGCGCACUCAAUCCGUCGGCGCUGCUGCCAACGCGUCGUCCCAGGCACGCGCAAACCAGAGAAAGUCGGUCAACUUUGACAACGACACCCAAAAAGGAUCGCCUAUGCAGGCACCUGCGAGAAGGCCUGUGGCUCGUCCAACCAGCCUUCUGCCACCCAAGCCGCCUGCUAAAUCCACAAGGGCUCCUACAAAGCCCUCGUUUGAGCUGCCAGGCGAGGCUACCGCUCGCGAUAUCAAGGCGAGGCGCGACGCUCGCCUGGCUCAACAGGCCCAGGAGAAGGCCGCUGCGGCAGUCCCCCAGCGUACCAGAUCUCUCAAGGCCCCGACGAAGCCCAAUUUUGAGCUACCUGGCGAGAAAAUCUCCAGGCGCAAGAGGGAGGAACGAGAAGCCCGUCUCAAACAACAAGAAGAGGAUGAGCGGAAGCGUCGCGAGUUCAAGGCGAGUCCUAUCAAGGCGAGGCUUGGGACCGCUGCGCAACCUCGAGAGACCGUGGCUAGUCGAGCUCGCCAGAACAAGGGAUCUGAGGCCAGCGACAUGGAAAGCCCGUCGAAGCGCUCGUCGAUUAUGGGCACUCCUCGUACACUUGCGAGAUCAGGUUCGACGAGGUCACCGCAAACUCGCGGCAGAGGUACCUCACAAGCCGGUACAGAGACUCAGCUCAGCCGCGCUACGUCUACAUCUACCGGCAGUAUGAGCGGCAAGCGGAGUGCGCUGUCUGUUGAGGAAAUCGAGCAGCAAAAGGUCAAGGGUCGUGAGGUCUUCCACCGUGACAACUCUUAUACCGAAGACAAGGAGCGGGAGCGCCGCGAACGUGAGUGGAAUGCUAAGAUGGCCCGCGAGCAAGCUGCGGAACGCUCUAGGCAAGCGAGCCGGGAGUGGCGUGAAAAGCAACAACGUAGCAAGCUAGCUAUUCUGGCUGCCGCGGCAGGCCAGGCGGCAUGAUUUGCGGUAUGUAAGUAUUUUCCGGGCCCUUGUUGGCAGGGUCCGGACUUGUAGAUUAUUUGACCAGUGCGUGGAGCCUGGCGCCUGUAUUGAUUGAGACUGCGCGGAG